CCGUGCGUCUCGCCCCCGAGGUCUCUGGCAGUCGAUCGGCCCGUCCAAUCACACGCCACGUAUCCUAUCUUCGCCUCCUCCCCUCGACUCCAUCUCCCUCUUCAUCGGCCUCCCCCUCAGAGGAAGCCGACGGCAACGAUCUUACCUCUCCGGCAUCUCCCUCUUCCUCUUGCCCCUUCUCUGACACCCCUUCACCUCCGCCAUCGCCAUGAGCUUCGCCACCGAGCGGGCUUUCGGUGAUCAGUUGCUGAUGCCACGGGGAGAGAUCUCAGCCAUCCGCCAAGUGCAUCAUCCGCGGAUCAGCCCCGACUUCUUGCGCCUUGAGCAGUUCUUCUGCACCUCGGGUGUGUACGGCGCGGCAGAGUUCCGGUUCACGGGCGAUCCCCAYGUGGUGGUGCUGGCCGAGGCAACGGCGUUCCAACGGCGAGCAGCUCYGGGUAUUAGCCACGUGUCUACCGUGGUAGUCCUUAGCGGCGACAUCACCACCUUCSAUCCAGCGCGGCAAGCCGCCAUCAAGAGCACCUUGUACAAGUGGGGUCGUGAUCUGGCGACUGAUUGGGAUCGACGGCUCACAAGGCACGGUGACGAGUGCUAUCCWRGAAACGGCAUCGAGGCUAACAYGUUGCGCACAACGUUGCCCUCGUCARAAACCGUGGAGUUGCUYGUCAUUCAGGYGUGGGGAACUAAUGUGGYGGGAGACCUUCUCGGAUUCGUCUUUGGAGCUGUGGAUCGGGGAUACCGAUCAYAGAUCGUGCAUGAACUUACRAUCGUGAUCGCGCGACUGGCUGACGAGCUCCCCCUCGAUAUCGUCUCUMAGAGCGACGAAGAGCCCGUGCCGCAUGUCCUCUCAAAGACUCUCGCCSCGAGCCUCCAGUGGUCGGCUUGUAUCGAGGAGCGCUGGGCGGACGGYCGUUUCCCAKYUCGCAGCGARUACCUGGACGUCCACAACCUAACUAACCCCCUCUUCUUKCGGCRACCAACGGUGUUCGAGUGGGCAGCACURAGAGCAGAGGAAGAAGCAGAAGAAGAAUCRGAAGGAGAAUUAGGGAGAGAGGCCGGAGAAGCAGCGGCCCGGUUGGCCGAGGACGAGGAAGAGGAAUGCGAAGUAGAAGAAGAGGCGGCGGAAGCCGAGGACGAYGAAGAAGAAGAACCAGAGGGGCAGAUUUCAGAAGAAGAAGAGGAAGCCUAUAGCGAGCACAGUGAGGGGGAGCAAAGUGAGGAAGAGGAGGACGAAGACGACGACGAGGGAGUGGAAAGCGGAGAAAACGAUCGGGAGCCAGCGCACGAYGACGAACUCGAGUGGGUGCCGAAACMAGAUCGUCGAGAGGAGAAUCCUGAGGCCGCUGCGCAACACAAGAAGGAGGUCGCGGAGGAAAAACGGGCAGUGAUCGACCCCACACCGAACGAUCCUUCCAAGGAUCCCGAGCCGCCCAAGCCRGAACAAGGGGACCUUGCUGCCGCGACCUCGAGCGCCACGACGACAAGGCACCGACCCCGAUCCCGAUCCUCAUCCCCCUCCGCCUCCGCUCGUCCCCCAAUUCGUCAACGUGUCGAUGAGGGGCUUCCGCACCAUCUCGCAGGAGCAUGGCUGGCCACACUUAGAGCACAGCCGUACGAUGAUAACGAAGCACAGACCAACAUUCCGACUCGAAUGGGAGGAUACGCUCAUCAUUGGUAUAGUACCUACGUGUGGGUUGAUCUCCUGACCUUUGAACGGGAUUUCAUGAACCGAUUUGAUUAUGUCCACCUCGAGCAAGCACUGUACAUGAUCAAGGACCGAGUGCAAAAACCUCUCGAAUCCGUUGCAGAAUAUCGAAACCGGUUCUAUACAAUGUUCGUGAAAACUGAGCGAGGUGAGCAAGUAGGGAGACAUCUGUUCAUUGACGGGCUUCGCAGCCGGACAAUAAGGGCUAAGUUGYGGAAGCAAUUUUCCCCCAUCACUCACACGUUACAACAAAUCAUGGCUGCUGCGGAGGAAAUGGAAUGGAAGUUCGCAACAAACUUCCUGGGAGGAGAAGAUUAUCCUAAAGAAGGAGAUUCGACCAAACUCACACGAGCGAGAGCUGAGUUGGCUGCCUUGCAGAACAAGUUUGAAAACAUGGGAUUUGUGUCAGGACCUGUCACCUAUAUGGAACAGAUAGGCCCCAAACGAGUGGUCCUAAGUGAGAUUCCGAGCACCUCCGCUCCGAUGAUACCCCCGGCCAUCAGAGCAUUACCCCCACCACCGAUUGAGGCCCCCGCACGAUCGAACGAAUCUGCGGCUAUCUUGGAACUAACCAAAACAUUGAUCAGUUUAAUCCAGGAAAGCAAAAAGGAGCAGCGAGAGCACAAUGCUCGGCUAGAAGUCAUGAUGAGGAAUAUGCGGCCCAUUGUGGUGCGCGCCCCACCGAUGCAGCGAGGAUUAGCCCCGACACCUGCUCUCGGGGGAACUGCGAACAAUCUGAAUGUCUGUUACGCCUGUCACCAGCCGGGACAUCUAGCCCGUGAUUGCCCCCACCGACCUCCACAACAGCGGAUCGGAGUCGAGCCCAUGGCUGCGGCCCCCAUCGCUAACGGACCUGCACGAGUCGGAGCUUUGAUGGAAGAAGUAGAGGGUGGGGGAAGUGCCCUGGCCACCACGGAAGAAGCCGCCGAGCUAAUCCCGCUAGACCAAUACGUAUCCCUUGGUUAUCCCUGGCUUGGAAUGAUCGAAACAAUCAGACCAGCGCCAGAACCAAAAGAGGUGGCAGAGUGGCAACCGUCUCUAGGAGAAAUGGAGUCGGGAGGACCCACCUUCGUCACACGAGAAAUCGAUGUAUUAAACAUCAUCCGAGCCUUGGACCGUCGGAUGCAACUUCCGAUCGGUCAUCUACUCUCGAUCUCCGAGCAAGCCAAUGAGCGAUUGUUACAGCAUUGCAAAGCAAACCGAAAGCGAUUCGCCAUCGCCCGAACACCGAACGUAAAAGCCAAAAGCCCCACGCCCGACGAAAACCCAACCGACACUUCGGAUCCGAUACGGUGGGUUCGGUGUCCGAUGGGGAUUUGCAACGGGCCRGCCACAUUUCAGCGAGCGAUGAACAUGACGUUCCAGAAUUUCGACAACAAGACACGGCUGACGCAAGGGAUGAUUAAUUUCUGCGUAAUCAUGUACAUGGACAAUAUCCUGGUCUAUUCGGAAACCUAUCACGAGCACGCRCARCAUAUCGAAUGGACGUUGGGCGCAUUGAGAGAYGCUGGGUUCAAGAUUGUGCUCGAGAAGAGCGACUUUUUCCUCUCGAAAAUUUCGUUCUUGGGCUACGUCGUGACACGUGGAGGACUACGGCCGGUCUCAAGAAAGGUUGCGGCGAUGAAAGAAGCCCCGGUUCCCACGUCACUGACGCAGGUUCGAGCUUUCUURGGGUUAGCAUCGUACUACUGGCGCUUCAUCAAGGGCUUUGCCACGAUUGCACGACCAUUAACGAAUYUGUUAAGGAAGGAGCCUCUCGGAUGGGACGCGGAGUGCCAACAGGCUUUCGCAACCCUCAAGGACGCUCUGGCAAUGGCCCCUAUUUUGAUUCGRUCGGACCCCUCGAAACAGUUCAUUCUCAUCACGGACUGGCAACUGGAAGCUAUCUCCGCUAUUUUAGCCCAGAAGGGGAUCGAUGGUCAGUUGCGGUUCACGAGCGAUCCCAAGGUGGUGGUGCUGGCCGAGGCAACGGAGUUCCAACGGCAAACUGCUCCGGGUAUUAGCCACGUGUCUACCGUGGUAGUCUUUAGCGGCGACAUCACCACCUUCGAUCCGGCGCGGCAAGCCGCCAUGAAGAGCACCUUGUACAAGUGGGGUCGUGAUCUGGCCACUGAUUGGGAUCGACGGCUCACAAGGCACGGUGACGAGUGCUAUCCUGUCGACGGCAUCGAGAUCGUACGCGAACUUACGAUCGGGAUCGCGCGGCUGGCUGACGAGCUCCCCCACGAUAUCGUCUCUCAGAGCAACGAAGAACCCAUGUCGCAUGUCCUCUCAAGGACUCUCGCCUCGAGCCUCCAGUGGUCGGCUUGUAUCGAGGAGCUGGACGUCCACAGCCUAACUAACACCCUCUUUUUUUGGCAACCAACGGCGUUCGACUGGGCAACACUGAGAGCAGAGGAAGAAGCAGAAGAAGAAUCGGAAGGAGAAUUAAGAAGAGAGGCCGGAGAACCAGCGGCCCGGUUGGCCGAGGACGAGGAAGAGGAACGCGAAGUAGAAGAAGAAGCGGCGGAAGCCGAGGACGAAGAAGAAGAAGAACCAGAGGGGGAGAUUUCAGAAGAAGAAGAGGAAGCCUAUAACGAGCACGGUGAGGGGGAGCAAAGUGAGGAAGAGGAGGACAAAGACGAUGACGAGGGAGUGGAAAGCGGAGAAAACGAUCGGGAGCUAGCGCACGACGACGAACUCGAGUGGGUGCCGAAACCAGAUCGUCGAGAGGAGAAUCCUGAGGCCGCUGCGCAACACAAGAAGGAGGUCGCGGAGGGAAAACGGCCAGUGAUCGACCCCACACCGAACGAUCCUUCCAAGGAUCCCGAGCCGCCCAAGCCGGAACAAGGGGACCUUGCUGCCACGACCUCGAGCGCCAUGACGACAAGGCACCGACCCCGAUCCCGAUCCUCAUCCCCCUCCGCCUCCACCCGUCCCCCAAUUCGUCAACGUGUCGAUGAGGGGCUUCGCCCUUCGUCCCUGAUCCAUAUACCAUCGUCCCCUUAGCCGUUGCUCUUUUAAUCAGUAUCUUCAUCGCGUCGUCUUCCCCCGUAAUCCCUUCCCCAUCGCCACCUUCCGACAUUUCUACUCCGCCCGCCUAGAGC